AUGGCUUCUUCUUCUCCAAUCCACAAAACCAGUUAUCAUGCUCGCUCCAUCAGCUUGCCAUCAAGGCCCCAUCCAUUGAUUCCUCAGAUAGAUGCGCAUUUGUGUAUAUUGAGGGCUUCUGAAGCCACCUGUUCAUCAUCGUCAAUAACUGACAAGCUAAGCAGUCUUGAAAAUUUGUAUGAUUGCAUGGAGAAUUUGCUUCUGUUGCCACUCUCUCGGCAAGCCUUGGUCCAACAUCAAAAUCAGAAAUGGGUUAGUGAGGUAGCAGAUGGAUAUCUUCUACUGUUGGACGUAUGUAGCGUGGCUGAAGAUGCCUUGCUGCAGACCAAGGAAGGCGUCCAAGAACUACAAUCAACUCUGCGCAGAAGGCCAUAUGGUGAACAUGGGGCUACAAAUGAGGUCGGAGAAUACUUGGCUUCAAGAAAGAAGGUGAAGAAGGUGAUCAGUAAGUCCUUGAGGGAUUUGAAGAGCAAGCAAAGAAAAUGUGACUUCUCCAUCUCAGAGAACGAACCUGAAACUGUGGCUUUAGUCUGCAUCCUGAGGGAGGUAGAAGUUGCCACUCUCACCGUGUUGGAAUCUUUGUUAUCCUCUAUUGCCGGCCCAAAGAGGCAGUCCAAGACAAGCAAAUGGUCAUUAGUUUCCAGAUUAAUGCACUCCAAGCGUGUUGAAACUGAGGAAGAGAAAGCAGAAUUCGGUGAAUUUGAAAAGGUAGAUGCCGCAUUCCAGACCCAUAUCAGCCAGAAGACAAGCAAAUCCUUCAACAUAAAAGCAGAGAAUGUGCAGAACCUGUUGGGGAACUUGGAGUUGAGCAUUCAUGAUCUUGAUGGAGGAGUAGGUAGCCUAUUUAGGCGUUUAAUUAAGACCAGAGUAUCGCUUCUCAACAUCCUCAACCACUAG